AUGCAUCGGCUCGGUGGUUCACUGGACAUGCAACUUGGACUCUAUAGCCUGUUGGCCUACAUACUGCCCAAUCUAAAUCAGCCCGCAGUUCGUGCCCUACGAGUUUUACGGCCGCUGAAGUUGGUCACCGGAUUCGAAAGUCUUCAGAUUGUGCUGAAAUCGAUCAUCCGAGCCAUGGCCCCCUUGCUGCAAAUCAGCUUGCUUGUCCUGUUUGCGAUCACCAUAUUCGCUAUUAUUGGGCUGGAAUUCUACUCCGGUGGAUUUCACAUGACCUGUUUUUCUGUGUAUAACCCAGACACACUGCCCACCUCACUGCCCAAUCGUCCAAAUUUGGUACCAUGUAGUCUUCCAAACGGGACAUCCACCAACACUGGUGGUAUUCCACACGGCGCGUUUGUCUGUCCGACGGACUAUAUCUGCAAAGGUUAUUGGGAAGGACCAAACUAUGGGAUCACCAGUUUUGACAAUAUUGGAUACGCAAUGCUCACCGUCUUCCAAUGCAUAACUAUGGAAGGUUGGACUGAGAUUAUGUAUUCGGUAAGUUAA